UCACUCCUCUGACCGACCUGCAGGGAAGCGGAGAGACCCAGAGAGAGGGAAGAGACCAACCAGAGACAGACCUGGGCCAAGGAAGAGGCAGAGGCUGCAGGCUGCCUCCCUCUCUCUCCCCAGCCUGCCUUAACCGCCGUCCUUAGCCAAAGCCCCUUCAAGUUCCCCUGGGGCUCAGCCCCUCCCCUUCUCUGGGGCCCCAGGCUCCCCCCGGGGCCUGUGUCCCACCAUGUCGGUGGCUGUGGAGAUCUUCGGCUUCUUCAUCGCAGCCCUGGGGCUGCUGAUGCUAGGGGUGACCCUGACACACAGCAGCUGGCGAGUGUCCACCGUGCACGGGAACGUCAUCACCACCAGCACCAUCUUCGAGAACCUCUGGUACAGCUGUGCCACCGACUCCCUUGGAGUCUACAACUGCUGGGAGUUUCCGUCCAUGCUGGCCCUCUCUGGGUACAUCCAGGCCUGCCGCGCGCUCAUGAUCACCGCCAUCUUUCUGGGCUUCCUGGGCCUCUUCCUAGGCAUGGUGGGGCUGCGCUGCACGAACAUUGGGGAUCUGGAGCCCUCCAGGAAAACCAAGCUGGCGGCCACCGCAGGGGCCCUAAACAUACUGGCUGGUGUCUGUGGGAUUGUGACCAUCUCCUGGUACGCCUUCCACAUCACCCGGGACUUUUUCGACCCCUUGUACCCCGGAACCAAGUACGAGCUGGGCCCCGCCCUCUACCUGGGCUGGAGCGCCUCCCUGCUCGCCAUCCUGGGUGGCAUCUGCCUCUUCUCCAACUGCUGCGGCUCUCGGAACCAGGACCAAGGCGCCAGCAUCCGGCUUCCGUACAAGGCCCCGGCAAUGCCCGCCAAAAGCCUCGCUGCCCGCCUGCCCACCUCGGCCUCGGAUGAAGAAGGCGACAGCAGCUUUGGCAAGUACGGGAAAAACGCUUACGUGUAGGUGGCCUGGCCUGUGGACCCCAUUCCCUUCCCACUGCCCCCAGUGGAGAGGGGUCCCCGUAAACCCGGGGCUGCAGGCGCAGGACCCUGCUCGCGGUAACAAGCUCAGGGCCAAGCCACGCUUCAGGCUCCGCCCCGUGCCCGGAAGCCGCGCCCAGCUCUGACCUCAGGCUCCGCCUUCCCUGUUGGAGCUCCGCCCUGGUCACGCCUCUUUCGUCUGGCCCCCUGGAUCCUCUCAGGCCAAGAACAAGCUUCCUCAGAACUCACCUCUGGCCCCUGAGGCUGGACCCCUCUUAACCUUCUGAGUCUGGGUUCUGGGCCGUUAAGGGGGCGGAGGCGUCCCCGAGUGUUUGUGGUCUGUAUAAAUACUUGCAUAAAUAAAUUUGUAUUGCGAACUGUUCAGGGGUUGAAGGUGUCAUGAGGCAGCUGGCCCAGCAAGGGACCCUGGGUGCCGCCUCAGUUCCUGGA